GGAAGUGACGUCACCCGGGAGCGCGCAGAAGCCGGGCUGCGGCGCCGCUGGGAAGCGUUUCGUCAACAUGGCCCACCUGCCGAUGAAGCUCCUGCGCAGGAAGAUCGAGAAGCGGAACCUCAAGUUGCGGCAGAGGAACCUAAAGCUGCAGGGGACCUGGGAUGUGAGCCUGUCAGAAACUCAAGAUGAAGAUGUGUCUCAAGAAACCGUAGCAAGUGGAAAAAUUAAAAAAUCCCUGAAACACUCCAUGAAUGUGGGCUUGUCCGAAGCCCCAAAUGGAGAUACAUGUAAAGAAACAGUGGGAGGUGGGAAAGUUAAAAAAUCCCUAAAGCCGUCUGUGAAUAAGGGCCUGUCAGAAGCCCAAAAUGGAGAUAUAUCUAAAGAAACAGUGGAAGAUGUAAAAGUUAAAAAGUCCCCCAAGAAAUCUACCAUAUUAACCAACGGGGAAGCAGCAGUGCACACUCCCAGUUCAGAAUCUAAGAAGAAGAAGAAAAAGAAAAAGAGAAAAAUGGUGGAUAAUGCUGGGCCUGAUACCAAAAAAGCAAAAACGGAAGACAAAGUGGAGCCAGAGGAAGGUGCCCAGGCCCCUGGAGAAACCGAAACCAGCGUGGGGAAGCCAGGUGACGGGGAAGAGGAGAGCGAGGUGCCCAGCCUGCCCCUGGGACUGACAGGGGCUUUCGAGGACACUUCAUUUGCUUCUCUCUCUAAUCUUGUCAAUGAGAACACUCUCCGGGCAAUAAAAGAAAUGGGCUUUACAAACAUGACCGAAAUCCAGCAUAAAAGUGUCAGACCACUUCUGGAAGGCAGGGAUCUUCUGGCAGCUGCAAAAACUGGCAGUGGCAAAACCCUGGCCUUCCUCAUCCCUGCAGUUGAACUCAUUGUUAAGUUAAAGUUCAUGCCCAGGAAUGGAACUGGAGUUCUUAUUCUCUCCCCUACUAGGGAACUGGCCAUGCAGACUUUCGGUGUUCUUAAAGAGCUGAUGACACACCACGUUCACACAUACGGGUUGAUAAUGGGUGGCAGCAACAGGUCUGCUGAGGCACAGAAGCUUGCUAAUGGGAUCAACAUCAUUGUGGCCACACCAGGCCGCCUCCUGGACCACAUGCAGAAUACUCCAGGGUUUAUGUAUAAAAACCUGCAGUGUCUGGUUAUUGAUGAGGCUGAUCGUAUCUUGGAUGUUGGGUUUGAAGAGGAGUUAAAGCAAAUUAUUAAACUUCUGCCAACACGCAGGCAGACCAUGCUCUUUUCUGCCACACAAACUCGCAGAGUUGAGGACCUGGCGAGGAUUUCUCUGAAAAAGGAGCCAUUGUAUGUUGGUGUCGAUGAUGAUAAAACUAAUGCAACAGUGGAUGGUCUUGAGCAGGGAUAUGUUGUUUGUCCUUCCGAGAAAAGAUUCCUCCUGCUCUUCACAUUCCUUAAGAAGAACCGGAAGAAGAAACUCAUGGUCUUCUUCUCAUCUUGUAUGUCCGUGAAAUACCACUAUGAGUUGCUGAACUACAUCGAUUUGCCUGUCUUGGCCAUUCAUGGAAGGCAGAAGCAAAAUAAGCGUACGACCACAUUCUUCCAGUUCUGCAACGCGGAUACGGGCAUAUUGUUGUGCACGGACGUGGCAGCCAGAGGGCUGGACAUUCCUGAAGUCGACUGGAUUGUUCAGUAUGACCCUCCAGAUGACCCCAAGGAAUACAUUCAUCGAGUGGGAAGAACUGCCAGGGGCCUAAACGGAAGGGGGCAUGCCUUGCUCAUUUUGCGUCCUGAAGAAUUGGGUUUCCUUCGUUACCUGAAGCAAUCCAAGGUCCCGUUAAGUGAGUUUGAGUUUUCCUGGUCCAAAAUUUCUGACAUUCAGUCCCAGCUUGAAAAAUUGAUUGAAAAGAACUACUUCCUUCAUAAGUCAGCCCAGGAAGCAUAUAAGUCGUACAUUCGAGCAUAUGACUCCCAUUCUCUGAAACAAAUCUUUAACGUUAAUAACUUAAAUUUGCCUCACGUUGCUCUGUCAUUUGGCUUCAAGGUGCCUCCUUUUGUUGAUCUGAACGUGAACAGCAAUGAUGGCAAGCUGAAGAAGAGAGGCGGCGGUGGUGGGUUCGGCUACCAGAAGCCCAAGAAAGUGGAGAAGUCCAAAAUCUUCAAGCACAUUAGCAAGAAGUCUUCCGACGGCAGGCAGUUCUCUCACUGAAGACCGUCCUUCCAUCUUCAGGGGCUUAGUCCUGAGAGGAGUGGUUUUUCUUGCUCUAACAAGGACUUUUGACUGUAGGAUUGGGACUGAUCUAACAGGAGUAUAAAUUGGCAUGGAGUGCAAGCAAUGAGCAGUAUUUCCAGCAAGUCUUGUUUAUGUUGAGUCAUAAAACAAAAACAAGUUCAUUUUUUCUUGAUUUCCCAAGGACAACGCAAAGGGGGUUUUUUGGUCUUUGUUGUGAUUAAAGGGUAUUUUGAGGUUAAGUUUUGGGUUUUUUUUAAUCUCAUCUGUCAUUGUUUUAAUUCUUUUUGUGCCUUUUCUUCUGGUGUCUGAAUAUUUUUGUGACAUGAAUUGCUAUAGCAACCUGCUGAAACGGGCAGGUCACCCAGUACACUGGAGGCGGUUUGGGGUGACAGUGCAGGAAACAGUCUGGGUUUUGUGUUUUGUUGUUUCUUAGACCUUAACGGUAGUUCCUGAUCCCUCCUGAAAAUGCUGCCGUGUGAAAGGACAGAGCUUUUGAAGUACCUAAGAAGCACCUUCAACUAAAGGUGGCAGGGUUUUUAUAUACGCCAGAUUUUAAAACAGCCUUUCCCCGUUUUGUUUUAAGAGCAAGAAACGAGGUGUGCUUUGAGUAAAAUGCCCGUUUGGAGUUGGAGGAGAGCUGAGGUUUCUGGCCUCGUUUACACCGAUGCAGGUGUGGUGUCUGCUGCUCCAUGUGGUGAUGGGCAAAGACCUUUGAAAACAAAUGGUGACAGAGUGACAACACCCAUUCAGCCGUGUUUCCGGUGGGGCUUGUUUGGGGUUUAGUGAGCUCUUCCAACUCGACUCCUGAGCAGGUAAAGCAUCUUUUGGAGAAAAAAAAAUUGCUUUUUCCAGAUCCGUGAAAUAUGAGCAGGGGCCAGAGAGGGCAGGAGUUUAGUCACAUGUGGUUUUCUGCUGUGGGACUCCUGAUCUGUGUUUGAUGUUUUAUUUCUAUGCUCCAUAACUGCCAAUGGUUAUUCCAAUUUACAACCAAAGUUGCUGGCAUCGCUUGCUGCUGUGCCUGUUGAUAUUGUAGACUCCUGUGGAAUACAAGGACACUGAGAACGUCAGGUGGAGAGGAAGCCGCCGGACGGAGAGCACCCAGAGGGACUGGGAGAAGUGGGAUCCGCGGCCGGCCUGACCGCUGUCCCGUCGCGGGCCUCGCGGGCGCAGGCCUGGACUGCUGGACUCCUGACAUUUAACAGCUGCUUCUCUAUCCAGUAGCUUGUUUUUCUUUUCAGAAAUAAUCACGUUUCAAAAACACAUACAAAGCAAAGGGAAGAAUAUUUAAUCACUGAACGUAAAGACUGAAUAUUUUGUUAUAUAUCCUCCCAGUGUUUUAUAUACAUUAAAUGUUUUUAUCAAAAGUGAAA